AUGUCUUCCAAAUACGUUUUCACCAAGAGUCUGAAGGAGCUGCGCUUCCUCUUCUGCCAUACUUCGGAACAGAGCGCUGCAACCAGGUCGUUCCUGCACCGCGCAUACCCCACCAUGAAGAAGCACAACCCGUAUGUCCCCAUUCUGAUGCGUGAAGCGGCCGCGACGGAGCCUCGAGUUUUCGCGAGAUACGGAUUUGGAAAGGAAAAGCAGGAAACGCUGUCCGGCCUUACGGACAAGGAGAUCGAAGAGAAAGUGACUCAACUGGUGAAGGAGAGUCUGUAG